AUGCUUGGCUUCGGUUCUGUGCAUGAACUCCUUGCCUAUAUCACCUUCAUGUGUUUUGGGAUGUCGGUGAUGGUGGUGUCGAACACGGUCUUGUCGUUCCUGGAGUUCUUCCUCCAGUUCUACCUUUUCGCGGCCAAGGAUGGCGAGAACAUCAAGCUGGAGACGGAAGAGCAGAAAUUUUUCUGGAAAAAUGUCUUCACGUACUAUCUUGCGACGACGUUUAUUGUGGAGUGUUUGGUAGUGUCACUGAUGCUCACAAACUUUGGAAAGCGGAUUCCCAUAACCCUUCGCCUCUAUAUUGGUCUUGUCUUUCCGAUUAUCUUAGUAUUUUCUGUGAUGAUGGUUACCAUCGGAAAAACAACGGAAACCGGUGCCAGGGUAACCAUUAUACUGAUUGGUUUGAUAAACGGAGCUUCCACUGCACUUUGCAGCUCCGGUGCCGUUGCACUUGCCGGUCCCUUUCCAACGAAGUUUUUGAGUGCGUACGUGUGGGGUGUUUCAGUGUGUGGUGUUAUCACGUCGACGUUUGCGAUUGUUAUUAAAGCUUCCACGGAGAGUAACUUCAAGCGUACAGAAGACCGCGUCGCGAGUAGGCUCACUCAGUCACGCAUAUACUUUGGGUUGGUCAUGAUUAUGCAGUCGAUUUCUUGUGGUCUUCUGCUGCUGCUGAGGAAGAACCCUUACGCCAUGAAGUAUACAGCAGACUUUCGUUACGCGGCGAGGAAAGGGAAUGCUGUUGAAGGUGAUGACGCUGGAGAUGAUAAUGAACCGAGUAGCUUAGGAAAGGGUCCGGCCGACCAGGAUGACGAUUUGAAAGCGGAUUGCAACGCGGGCAAGAGCAACGUGAUGACUUCCACUGUAGACCCUGACACGAUGAGGGACACGGACCAGGUUGAGAAUAUCACGAACUCGCAACAGAUGUUGAAGGCGAGUGCGUUGUCUGUGUUCAGGCGUGUUUGGCCCAUGUUAGCCGUGUGCUUUAUUGCGUUCUUUACCGCCUUCCUCAUCUACCCUGGUGUAUUCUUUGCUGUCAAACUGGGGCCGGAUGACAACGGCUGGUAUAUGGUGAUCAUUCCGAUGAUGUUUAACUUGGGAGAUUUUGUGGCGCGCCUUUUCGUUCAGUUCAAGACUCUGCACGCAUCACCGCUCUUUGUGGUGAUUGGGACGUUUGCGCGUUUGUUGCUCGUCAUUCCAAUUGUGCUUUGCGCAUACAGUGUGAUUAAGGGCACGACAUUCCCUUAUAUUCUUUGCUUCCUCUGGUCGCUCACGUAUGGCUACGUGGGGGGUCUAGCGGGAGUCUACGCGCCGCGUACUGGUUCGCUGACGACCGCUGGCGAACGUUCUCUAGCAGCCAACUGGGCCGUUAGUUCACUGCUGUUUGGUAUCUUUGCUGGAUGUAUGUGUGCCCUGGGUGUCAAUUCGGCUCUCCCGAAAGAUGAGUCACAGUAA